AGUAGCAGAAAGCACUGGAGUGAAGAGUGAAGCCUGUAUCUGGAUAUUUAACAUCUAAACAUCUCUGGAAAUAAUGACUCUUCUGACUACAAGCGUUCCUGCUAACUUCAGCCCUAUACAUGCAGACCAAAACAACACAAAUGGCACCUCGUGUUCUGGUAAAACCGAGGACUGGGUCUACCCUGUGAUGCAGGUUUAUAUCCUGCUCAUCGCCGUGCUAGGAAUCGUGUUUAAUGUGUUUGUCCUGAUGGUUUUCUGUCUCCACAAGAGGGCUUGCACUGUGCCUGAGAUCUACUUGAGCAACCUGGCCGCUGCCGACCUUCUCCUGGUGUCCUGUUUGCCUUUCUGGGCUGUGUAUGUAGGCAACAAAUUCGACUGGCCCUUUGGUAGUUUCUUGUGCAAAUUGGUCCCCCUUUCCAUCACCAUGAAUGCAUACUGCAGCAUCUACUUCCUCGUUCUGGUCAGUUUAGAUCGUUACAUGGCACUGGUGCACCCACUGACUCUUGAAAGACUGCGUAGGCCAAAGUAUGCCAAACUGAGUUGUGUGGUGGUGUGGGCUGUGGGCCUACUCCUCAAUGUCCCCCUGUUCAUCUUCAGGGAGAUAAAAUAUUCCUCUGAAACAAGUACCACAUUGUGCUAUCUUAAGUAUUCUGUGACCCAUGUACUGCUGUUUGACACGAUGAUGAUCAUAUUCAGCUUCAUCAUCCCUAUUUCCAUUAUUUCAUACUGCACUUUGAAGAUUAUUCAAGCUCUGAAUAACCGGGUAAAGCAAGUGAUAAACACUGAGAAUACAGAGCAGAAGGCCACCACUCUGGUCCUGGCGGUCCUCUUUGCAUUCCUGAUCUGCUGGAUACCAUUCCACAUUUUGAAGAUAAUAGAACUGCUUGUAAGGCUUAAAGUCUUGGAAGGGUGCAGCCUUAAAACUGCCCUACAAUAUUGCCAGCAGAUUUUUAUGUAUGUUGCCUUCUUCAACAGUGUUCUUAACCCCAUCCUCUAUGUCAUUGUAGGAAAACAAUUCCAGGAAAAAGUUAAGAAACUCUUUAAGAAGUCAACCAAUAAGUCCUUAAAGAGAACAAUAUCCUCAAAUGUCAAUUCUGUAUACUCACAGGGUUGAAACUUAGAUUUCCUAAGUUGACCUUAAGUUGCAGGCCAGAAGGUUUAUUUUUUCUUUUGUUUUGAGAAGUUAGGUUAUGUUUUUUAAUAUUUUAGAAGUUAGAAUUUAAAAAACAGUGGAGGACUAGAGAGAUGUGGCUUUUUUAAAUGAAAUUCUGCUGCAACUUUGUAAGAUAAGCAAUUAAUCGCGUAAGUAAUAUUUUUAAUAUUAGAUGUAGGAUUUGGAAUUUGAAGAUUUGUUUGUCACUGGUUUGUCUCAGAGGUUUGGAGGGCUUUGCCCCUCUCAGGAAAAGACUUCUUCGGGCUAUGCAUCUCUGGAACACAAGACUGUUUUUUUUUUUUUUUUUUUACUGAACUGAAUAAGCAUCACAUCCAUAUUCUGAACUCACUUUAAACCCAAUACAGCGAAUCACAGGUUGGAGACAGGAAAGCCUGUAUAAAGAAAUUCUGCUGACACCCUUAUCUGAUAAUGUAUCUUUCUACAGUAAUUUUUUGGACAUGUUGGCGUUUGCUCUGAGGCAGACAGAGGCCACCCUGCUGGGAGACAUUUUGCAGAAAUGCAGUAAACGUCCCUUGAGAAUACCUAUGAUUUGUUUGAACAUGUAUUCCAAUAUCUAGGCAAACUGAAAACCAAAAAGGCGCAUCGCCAUUGUAACAAUGCCCAGUCACUUGUUUCAUAAUGUUUAAUCCAAGUCUGAUCAUUCUGUGAUGUAUGACCACGGGACAACGAAAUGCUAAGAUAAGCUAGAGAUGUCAGUGAAAUGCACCGUUGAGUCGCAGUGCUACCCAGUGGUUAAAAUGGUUCUCACACUCCUCAAUAAGAACACAUACACUGAUUCUGGUUUAAGUUUGACUUUUCUUUCCUGAGUUUGUGUUUUUAUGAGAAUUUAUUUCAUCAUGUAGUCGACGAAUGAAUAUUAACUUAAUGAUAUUGUGUGUAUUUUGUGCUGUAAACACACAUUUAAAAAGAGGACUGUAAAUAGUUCACGUGGUGGAUGCACAGAUUAUACUGGUGUGAAGACAUAUUCUGUUGGUUGUUAUUAUCUUUGAUAUUCAGGAUUCUACUCAUAUACUUGUGGUUAUGAUUUAUAGGCAUGGGCCAUGGUGAUCAAGGGGAAAUAAAUUGUGUGAAGAAUAAAGUAACUUUAUCAUGUCAGCUUAGUUUGCAAAGAGCACACUUUUAGAUGCUGUUGUAUUCUAUCUAUGUAAUUGUACAGUUUAUGUACUAUUAUGUACCAGUGUCUCAUGACUUUACAGUGUGAACAUACUUUACUGCUGCUGAAAUAACUGGCCAUGUGUGUCAUUUGUAUGCUUGCAUAAUCAACUUAAUAUAACAACUUGGAGUGGAAUAAAUGCAACUGUUUGAUCAUUUGAUAUAUAAAUAAACUUCCAUCCAUGCUUU